AUGGGUUUGAUCUAUUCACUUUGUAAACCGAAGAAUCGACGACCGCCUCCUGAAUUGAUACCAUACAGUCAAUUUCUGAAGCUACCUUCCACGGCAUUGCGCAGUUUUCAAUAGGACUUUACGACCAGAAAACCAGAUUCCACUACUCCACGGACAUCUAUGAAGAGUUUUUACAACCCUGCCUCGAUUUUUUUGCUACAAUUUUUAGUUGUCGUGGUGGACUCGCCGUGGCCAAUAUGGAUGAAUGUACUUUGAGAAUGAGACAGCACACUCAUCAUCGAAUUUUCAACAAUAACCUAGUGGCGAUAGUGUCGGGAAAUAUAAACCCGAACAAACACGUCAGUCUGCAGUCAUCAAUUUUCCGGAAUAUUUGAUUUUAGAGGGAAUCAUCAUUGAGUUUCGGUUCUCCAUACCUCUCUUCAAUCUGACUCAUAUCUUUGAAUCGUAUGUGCAUCAUGGAUGCUAGAUGGGUUAACUUCGGAUAUGUUAUGGAUUCAAAUUUCACUCGGCUCAUGUUGUCGGACACCAGGUGGGAAGUCGAAACCGUGAACCAGUUCAUCUUGCGUUGGGUCCGUGAUGGACGAUGGCUAGAUUUGGAGAGAUUUGAGCUGCUUCAAUCUGAUAGUACUCGGAUCGGGGGCGUAUCCGAAGAAAUGGAAUCAUCGACGCCGAUCCAUGGUUUCUACAAGGAGAAGACUAGCAAGCCCUCCUGGCUCGCUAGUCUUGUAA